AUGAUGGCAACAACCAUUGGAAGCUAUAUUGCAACAAGACUUGCGCAAAUCGGAAUAAAAAAUCACUUUGUGGUCCCUGGUGACUACAAUCUAGUUCUUCUGGACAAAUUGCAGGAGAACCCAAACUUACAGGAAGUGAAUUGUAGUAACGAGCUUAAUUGCUCUUUUGCUGCUGAAGGAUAUGCUCGAGCAAAAGGAAUAGCUGCAGUAAUUGUUACCUUCAGCGUUGGUGCUUUCUCGGCAUUUGAUGGAAUUGGCAGUGCCUACGGAGAAAACUUGCCAGUUAUUUUGAUUAGCGGCUCUCCAAAUACGAAUGAUGAAGGUGACCAUCAUUUACUUCACCAUACAAUCGGAACUCACAGUUUCGACUACCAAUAUGAAAUGGCUCAAAGAAUCACGUGUGCUGCAGUCCAGUUGAAGAAUGCCGAAGAUGCUCCUAGACUGAUUGACUAUGCCAUUCGCGAAAGCCUUACCCAAAAGAAGCCCUGCUAUAUUGAGGUUCCAACUAAUAUGUCCUCGGCUUCCUGCGCCCCACCAGGACCAAUCGAGGCGGUGCUUUGUCCCUUGGAGACAAACCCGAAAGCCCUUGAAGCAGCUGUGACUUCCUCAAUCAAGUUUAUUGAAAGUCGCUUGAAGCCCACGUUGCUCGCUGGGCCUAAGUUAAAAUGUGCUGGGGCCGAACAGGCUUUCAUACGGUUAGCCGAAGCUCUAGGAUGUGCUGUUGCAGUUCUUCCUGCCGCUAAGUCACUCUUUCCUGAGGAUCAUCCUCAAUUCUGCGGAGUAUAUUGGGGGCAAGUGAGUACUAAAAAAGCAGACGCAAUUAUAGAAUGGUCUGACUUGACGAUUUGCGCUGGCUGUGUAUUUACCGACUACAGUACUACUGGUUGGACUUCUCUUCAAUCAUCUGCGCACCGCUUAGAGGCCGGAUUCGACGAUGUCAAGUUUUCAGGUCAUUAUUUUGAUCAAAUUGCCUUAAGCGACUUCUUGAAUGCAUUGGCUGAUCGUAUCUCAACAAACGAUAAAAGCUUAAUUGAGUACAAUCGCUUGCGUCCCACAUCACCUACCAUUGAAGCAGCUCGACCAACAGCCCCUAUCACUCGUAAGGAGAUGGUUCGUCAAAUUCAUAAGCUUAUCACUUCUGAGACCACUCUUUUCGCAGAGACUGGUGACUCUUGGUUCAAUGGAAUUCAAAUGGACCUCACAAGGGGUGCAUGUUUCGAGAUCGAAAUGCAGUGGGGUCACAUUGGAUGGUCUAUUCCCGCAUGUGUAGGCUACGCUGUUGGCGCUCCCGAGAGGAAGAUUAUUACAAUGGUUGGUGACGGAUCCUUCCAAAUGACAGCUCAAGAGGUUUCCCUAAUGGUUAGACUCAAAAAGCCAAUUAUUAUCUUCUUGAUAAAUAACUUUGGGUACACUAUUGAGGUAGAAAUUCAUGAUGGUCCCUACAAUAAUAUCAAGAAUUGGAAUUAUGCCGCAUUGGUGGAGGCAUUUAAUGCUAAUGAUGGGAAAGCGAAAGGUUUCCAAGUGCGUACUGCGGGAGAGUUAGCUGAUGCCAUAGAAAAGGCAAAUUCAAACGUUGAAGGCCCAACUCUAAUUGAAAUCCAGAUCAACAGAGAUGAUUGUACCAAUGAGCUCAUCACCUGGGGACACUUUGUAGCGUUGGCAAAUGGACGUCCUCCUCGCCUGUCCUCUUAA